AUGGUCACUCCUAAGAUAGGAUAUGUGGUGGCUACGUUCACGGCCAUUUCAAUGGUCGUCGACCUUGGCAUUGUGGUCUACCUCGUUAACGAUAUCAACAACUUCUACGACGACACCGUUGGAGAACUUGUCGUAUUUAAGAACUUGGCAAACACAGCGUGGGAUCGGAUGAGACUGCCGUCCAACGGAACUUCCAAAAUCCAGGAAGUGCCUUGGCUUCCUCGUAAACGUCGACAUAUCGCCCGAGAUCGGUGCAACUGUGGUCGUCAGGCCAGGAACUGCCCUAUUGGACCUCCUGGCCCACCAGGACCGCAAGGAGAACCUGGAGAUGACGGGCCGCCGGGUCCGCCUGGCAGAGACGGUCUAGAUGGUCUCGCGAUUUCGGGAGCAGGAGGGUCAGUAGGAUGCAUCAAGUGUCCUGCGGGUCCUCCAGGAAUACCUGGACCACAAGGACCUCCUGGUCUCAAAGGAGUGGAUGGUUUACCUGGCAUGGAUGCACCAAACGGUGCACCCGGUCCUCGAGGAAAACCUGGACCGCCUGGUGAGAGAGGGCCACCAGGCGUACCUGGUCCCGAGGGUCCACCAGGAUUACCUGGAAGAUCAGCACAAUAUGGUGUCGGAGAGCCUGGACCAGAAGGACCAAUUGGACCGGUUGGUGCACCUGGCGCACCAGGACCUGACGGUUCCGAUGGGCCUGUAGGACCAGCCGGCCCAAUAGGUGCAUCUGGGCUUCCUGGAAACCCUGGUCAGCCCGGUCCUGAUGGAAAACCAGGUAAAGAUGGUGACGAAGGAAUGCCUGGGGAUGAUGCCGAAUACUGUCCGUGCCCACCUCGAACGGUUCGUUUAAUGGAUGAAGAAGAAGACACUGGCAUUAUCAUUGGCGGUCAUGGUAUGCCGCCAGGCUUGAAGCCAAAAGAUCAUACAACAACUCCACGUCCCUCUCUUAAAAGAAAAGUUAGAUCGCAUCAUAGACGAGUUAUCCACACGUUCAAAGAGUGA